UGUGUGUGCGUCGCCGUUUGCCUCCCCGAUGUCCCCGAGCUCCCUUUCCACAAAUGUUUGGAUUCUCACUCCACCCCGCGGGCCUUCGGCCGUGCUGCCCUGCCAUUGGCUGAUCCGGGCUUCAUAUGCAAAUUUGCAGCGAGAGGAGGCGGGGUCUAGACAAGUGCCUACGAACAUGACGUCACGCGUCAGAGUGGCAACUGACACACGGAGAAAAGAAACGGGAGCGCGGGAUGAAAAGAAAGAGAAUAACAUAAAGAGUGUGUGUGUGUGUGUGAGAGAGAGAGAAUUGGAGAAAAGAGAGAAAUAAAGAGAGGUGCGUGCAGUUGGCUUAUGACAGGGUGGAAGAGAGAGAUAGAGAGAGAAAGAGUGUAUAUGCGAGAGAGGAGGGGGUGACGGUGACAGGGAGGGAGGGCGGGAGAAAGUGAGAGAGAGUUUUGUGUGUGUGUGUGUGUGUGUGAGAGUGUGUGUGUGUGUGUGUGUGUGUGUGAGAGAGAGAGAGAGAGAGAGAGAGAGAAAGAUGGCUACAGUGACGGCGAGCGGAGUGCAGCAGGAGAAUGGCUUCAGCACCGCGAACAGCUCCAGCAGAAUGAACGGCAUUGCUCUCGGUCAGAGCUCCAUUCCCAUGAAGGACCACGACGCCAUCAAGCUUUUCGUGGGUCAGAUCCCACGCAACCUGGAAGAGAAAGACCUCAAGCCGCUCUUUGAGGAAUUCGGCAAGAUCUACGAACUCACCGUGCUCAAAGACAGAUUCACGGGAAUGCAUAAAGGUCGGUCACAUCCCGCUUUCCCUUCUGUCCUUUCCUGCCUCUUUCCACACGCAGACAUUUUGCGGUUUGAUAUGCAGGACACAACGCAAGUGCAUGCAACAUUCAAGUGAACGGCUUCUUGUGUGCGCGUGGGAGCGUACGUGCAUAUGUGUGUGUGUGUGUGUGUGUGUGUGUGUGUUUCCGUGUUUCUGUGUGUAACGUGUACGUGUGUAUAGUCGCACGUGUCCAUGCAUGCUCACAGCCUUCCCACGUCCUCGUGAAUAGCAACUACGGAACGACGCAGUCAAAACAGAGCUCCAGUAAUGUUUGUGUAAUGAGGAUCAUUUUAAGGCGACAUUUCAACGUAUUGAGAUGUUUAGCAUGUUAGAGGAAGGUCUUAAAAUUCAUCAGGAGUGAAAGUUUUUAGGGAGGACUCAGGAAGAUGCCAGACUUAA